CGGGAUGUUGUUGUGCGGCGGCGGUGGAAGAUGGCGGAGUGUGGAGUUUGACAGCGAGUGCAGGCAGCGGGGAAUUAAAACAGCGAGCGUCGCCCGGCCCUGGCACAGCGGACACCCACCGACUGGCCGAGCCAAGAAUUACACCUGAGAGUAAUUACACGUACCUGAUGUAGCAAGGGAUACCAGCCUAAUGUAGAAAAUCAGCAGCAUCAGCACCAUCUCGAAUCUCAGCAGGAUCUAUUGGUUUGUGUAUUGCGAACAAAGUCGUUGAGUGGCAAGUACUUCCAUCUUGACCAUUUGAAUCAUGAGCUCACCAGAUAACACAGAUGGUGUAUCUGGACGAGAGCAGCCCCUAGAACUGUUGCCACAAAAUCGGAUACACACCAUGCCAACCUCAGCAGUUGAAGUUAAAUCCUCCCUGCCUGUCACUAUGCAGACUGCCACUCCAGUUGACUUGAGGACAGAUCCAAGAAUCCCAGUUUCAAAUGUUGACCCUCUUCUUCGCGAACAACAGCUGCAACAUGAACUAUUGAUGCUUAAGCAGCAGCAACAGAUCCAGAAGCAGCUAUUAUUUGCUGAAUUCCAGAAACAACAUGAACACCUAACAAGGCAGCAUGAGGUUCAAAUUCAGGAACAUUUGAAGCAACAACAGGAGAUCCUAGCUGUGAAGCGUCAGCAAGAAUUGGAACAACAACGCAAGCUUGAACAGCAACGGCUUGAAGAAUUGGAGAAACAGAGGCUGGAGCAGCAGUUGCUUAUGCUUCGGAACAAAGAGAAAGGCAAGGAAAGUGCAAUAGCUAGUACAGAAGUCAAACUAAAACUUCAGGAGUUCCUAUUAAGUAAAACAGCUUCAAAGGAUUCUAUGACCAGUGGACUGAAUCAUUCCAUCCCCCAGCAUCCAAAAAACUGGGGAGCCCAUCAUGCAUCACUGGACCAGAGCUCCCCACCCCAGAGUACAACACCUCCCACCUACAAAGUCCCAUUGCUGGGAUCGUAUGAUGGUAAAGAUGACUUUCCACUUCGAAAAACUGCUUCCGAACCUAAUUUGAAGGUGCGUUCCAGAUUAAAACAGAAAGUGGCUGAAAGGAGAAGCAGCCCAUUAUUGAGGAGGAAAGAUGGCACAAUAAUUAGCACAUUCAAGAAGAGAGCUAUAGAAAUUACAGUUUCCUCAGUCUGUAACAGUGCUCCUGGGUCUGGCCCUAGCUCUCCGAACAAUUCAAACAAUAUUCCUGCAGAGAACGGAACAACCGGUUCUGUACCCAAUAUUCAUGCUGAGCAUAUGCCGCCACAUCACAAAGCAGUAAACACUGAUGGGUCAGCAAGUCAGCUCAGCCUCUACACAUCCCCUUCUCUGCCUAACAUUUCCCUGGGGCUCCCAGCAACAGUCACAGCAUCCAACUCACAGAUCAAUCCCUCGCAAAAGAUAUCAGCCCAACAAGAAGCAGAGCGACAAGCUAUUCAGUCUUUGCGUCAAGGUGGUGCCUUAACAGGGAAGUUUAUGAGUACCACUUCACUACCAUCCUGCUUGCCGACAACUGCAAUUGAAGGAGAAGCCAAUACUCACAGUCACCCCUCCCUUCUACAACACGUGCUGCUACUGGAACAGGCUCGACAACAAAAUGCUUUAAUAGCUGUGCCACUGCAUGCUCAGUCACCACUGGUAACAGGUGAGAGAGUUUCAACCAGUCUUCGAACAGUGAACAAGCUGCCUCGACACCGCCCACUCAGUCGAACUCAGUCAGCUCCUCUACCCCAGAGUCCACAGGCCUUGCAGCAGCUGGUGAUGCAGCAACAACACCAACAGUUUUUGGAGAAACAGAAACAGUACCAACAACAACUGCAGCUUAAGAUGCUUUCCAAGUCAAGUGAACAACCUCGGCAGCCUCCAAGUCACCCUGAGGAGACGGAAGAAGAAUUGUGUGAGCAACAAGAAAUGCAAGAGGAUCAGCCACCUCCAAGAAGCAGCAGCAUUAAUACUGGAGGAAGUGAAGCAGCAGAUGAAAAUCCUGAACAGGAUGCAAUGCAAGUGAAGGAUGAGCCACCAGAUAGUGAAGAGGAAGAUCAAUUAGAAGAUCAGAAAGAAGUUGAGGAGCAACCUUUGCAAUUUAAUCAGCAGCAAUUCUUGGACCAGCAACGCAUGCAAAAGCUUCAUGUGUAUCAGGCUUCAGUAGCUAUGGGAAGCAUGUCUGUGACAGACAGGCAUCAACCACUCUGCAGAGCCCAGUCCUCUCCAGCAACUGCAAACUUAAAAAAUCCUAGUACUGAGAAGCCUGUCAAGCACCUUUUCACUACUGGUUUGGUUUAUGAUACAUUUAUGCUGAAACACCAGUGCACUUGUGGAAAUACUAACAACCAUCCAGAACAUGCAGGAAGAAUACAGAGUGUCUGGUCUAGGCUUCAGGAAACAGGGUUGCUCAACAAGUGUGAGCGAAUUCGAGGUAGAAAAGCAACUUUGGAUGAAAUUCAAACUGUGCAUUCAGAACACCACACAUUGUUGUAUGGCACCAGCCCUCUGAACAGACAAAAACUAGACAGUAAGAAGUUGCUAGGUCCUAUUACACAGAAGAUGUAUGCACUGCUACCCUGUGGUGGACUUGGGGUGGACAGUGACACUGUGUGGAAUGAGAUGCAUUCUUCUAGUGCUGUUCGCAUGGCAGUUGGCUGUGUCAUUGAACUCUCAUUCAAGGUGGCUGCAGGGGAACUCAAGAAUGGUUUUGCUGUUGUCAGACCACCCGGACAUCAUGCAGAAGAAUCCACUGCAAUGGGAUUUUGCUUUUUCAACUCGGUGGCAAUUUCAGCUAAACUACUCAAGCAGAAACUUAACAUUGGAAAAAUCUUAAUUGUGGAUUGGGAUAUUCACCAUGGAAAUGGCACACAGCAGGCCUUUUACAAUGAUCCUAAUGUGUUGUACAUUUCUCUUCAUCGAUAUGACGAUGGAAACUUCUUUCCCGGCAGUGGUGCCCCAGAUGAAGUUGGAACAGGACUUGGAGUAGGAUUCAAUGUCAAUAUUGCUUGGACAGGUGGUGUGGAUCCCUCUAAUGGAGAUGUGGAGUACUUGACAGCUUUCAGGACGGUUGUGAUGCCCAUAGCCAAUGAGUUUUCUCCUGAUGUUGUGUUGGUGUCUGCUGGCUUUGAUGCUGUAGAAGGACAUCCCUCACCUCUUGGUGGAUACUCUGCAACAGCCAAGUGUUUUGGCUACCUGACCAAACAGCUGAUGAAGUUAGCUGCAGGACGUGUGGUUCUUGCUUUGGAAGGAGGACAUGAUCUCACUGCCAUCUGUGAUGCAUCUGAGGCCUGUGUUUCAGCCCUGCUGGGUAAUGAGCUGGAUCCUCUGCCUCAAGAAAUACUUCAGCAAAAACCCAAUGCAAAUGCAGUAGCAUCACUAGAGAAAGUUAUUGAAAUUCAAAGCAAGCACUGGAGUUCGGUGAAGCGCUUUGCUUCCACAGUGGGUUACUCACUGCUGGAGGCCCAAAAGCACGAGAAAGAAGAAGCAGAAACUGUUACAGCAUUAGCCUCUCUAACAGUAGACACAGAGCAGAGCAGUUCUGUACCAGAGGCCAGGCAAGGGGAUGAACCAAUGGAAGAAGAGCCAGCAAUGUAAAGUGCCAAUGGUCAUAUUACUGUCACCUAUGUGAAUCUUUCUUGUAACCUCCUUUAAAGUCUAUCAGACAUACAGUGUCCAUUGUCUGCCUCUGACAGUGUUAUUGUAUUGAACUUGAACUGUUGUGAAAAACAUCUAGUCUUCAAGCUAGAUUCACUAGCCAAUCUGUCUGUAUUUGAAGACCUGAAAUUGAAGAGUUUAAAGGGACACCGCAGCUUUGUAUUUCUUCAAAGUUCAUCUGUUCUCCCUUAAGGGAGAAUAAUGUUUUAAAGGUUACAAAACACUGGAGGCUUUGAUUUCAGAUCCCUAGCCUAAAUGCAGUGGUAAGAUAUUAGCGUUUGAAAUGCUUAUGAGAGUUGAUGAAUCGGCUUCCUGGAGGAUGUUGCAAAGCAGGAAAGAGAAAAGGAUGGGGAGGAAGCAGUAUAAUAAUUUUGUCAGGAAAAUUGAAAGGAAUUUGUGCCUUUAAAAAAAAUGGUUGAAACUCACAACUUCAUUUUUAAAUGCCUUAAUUUACAUCAAUGAAAUACUGCUGUUGAUUUUUGGAACAUAGUCAAAAAUGGCAUGAUCAUCUGAUUGAAAAAUCUUCAGCUACUUUUAGUCACAGAUGAACAACACCCCUCUCUGUAUAAACAUUUGGUUUGUUUAUUUAUUUCUUUUUGUAAAAUUUCUUAAACUUUAUUUGUGUAUUUGCUGAUGACCAACUGUUGAUGAGUUUGUUUCUGUUUAGUUGUGUAAAUAGUCUUGUAAUAUUGUCAUAUAUGUCCUUUGAAGUUCUCCAGUUGCCGUUUGAAGAACCCUAAUUUUGGUUCCCUUCUUUGUUACCUUAAAAUUUUAAAAUUUAAGAAGAGAGGUUAACACAAUAUAAUUUUCAUACAAUUUUAUUGUUUAUAUAUUCUGAAAAUUGUUAUUUUUGUCUUUUUUUUUACUCCUAAUAUGUUUAAGGGGCUUGUAGUUUCUGCUGGGUAAAGUGGCUUGCUGUUUGCUUUUUGUAUUGAGGUUCACCUGGCAAGGAGAACCAGACUGAGCUCUUUGGACUGCAGGUCUAACUUUGGAAUAUUUUCAACUGAACUUCUGAGGUUCUUUUAACCAUUUUCCUUCACAAAGAGUAGUGUUUAAUUUGAGCACCAAACUCGUAGAAUUCAUAUUUCAAUCAAGAAGGCUAUAAGUGAUGAUGUAUGUUUUAUCUUAAUGCUUUUCUAAAACUAGAAGGCAAACUAAUUAAGUCAGCAGGAUUUUAUAAGAGCGGGUACAAUGAUUGUUGAAUUGUGGCACUAAAUGUAAUGUCCAGAUGGAAGCAAGUUGAUAACCUUGAUAAUUUUGUGUGACUGAAUUGAUGCAUUUAGUGGUAGGAGUUCUAUUAGAUACAUGCUUUUUAAAGGCUUACAGAAGACAGCUACGUACUCAUGUGAUUGUAGUAGUUGAACAGUGGGGGAUUUCACUCUUUCAUUGCACAGUAAAUCUUAAAAUAGGUUAUUUUUGUGUUUUUUAAAAAGUCAGAACAUUUUACUACUUUGGCAGGUAAUUCAAAACAUGACAUAAUAGUUGAUUAACAAGCCAAUUUGUGAACCCCGGUAAAAUAAUGAAAGAGUUUCACAAACUGGUUUAUGCAAAAUGUUAAAUAUUUAAUAAUGUAAAGGUUAUAGAGAAGUAGGCUUUAUAGUUUCACAGUAGAGAAAAGAUGUGUUACUUGAUGAGGAAUAGGUGAGAGACACCAUUGACUGAAUGAAUGUUUGUGGACAUUGUCCUGCUGUUAAACCAAUAUUUACAAAAAUAUAAAAUACCAUCAAAGAGACCUUGAAUGACAGACUGGACCUGUGUUAUACACGGUAGUAGUUGUUUCAAUAGACAGACAGCUAUAAGAUUGAUUCAGUGAAUCUGUAAAUGAUUGAAGUGAAAGGCUGGGCCUCUCAAUACAGGUUAAUUAAGAAUUGCUGCCGUACUUGGGUUGGCCAUAGAAGGUAAAAGAAGUGCAUCCAUGCAUUUCACAACAGUAAAUGAAGCUUUACUUGCCAUCUGCAACAUUGGCGUGAAUUUUGUAAAAUGGUGUUUUUUUUCACGCAAGCAGCUUGGUAUUGAUGUAUUUUAGUAAACAAAAUAUAUUUUACAUUUUUAGCUUAAAGACAUACAAUAUAAAUAAUUGUAUAUAUAGAAUAUAUUGUUUAAAUUCAUAGAUUUGCUGCUGUUUGGGUGGAUUAAAUACUAUAACUUUUUCAAUAAUGACUUUGGGUGGAUAUAGUAAUGUUAAAGUCUCAGCUGGAAUGCAAUUGAAAAUUCCAGUUUUAACAGUUAUUGCGUACAUUCCUCUUUCAGUUUUAGUUGAAUCCAGUUUUCAUUCCUCUAUUUAUGAAGUGAUGGAAAGCUUUAACAAGAAGUUGCUUUGAUUUUGGGGUCCACUGGAUGGGCUUUUCUGACCAUAAGAAUGCUGCAGCGUAUUAGCUUCAAGAUGAAAGAGCGGUUUCAUUAGAUAGUGUGAUUUGAUAUGAAAUAUGGAUUUCAUGGUGACCUUAUAAAUGUACAAGACUGGGGUAAAGAUGGGAGGUUGUUUAAAUUAUUUGUUCAGAUCUUAAUGUUUGUACAAAAAAUUGUGCUGUUACAUUGUUUUAAAUACAGUUUAAAGAUAAAUAUAACAUGACUGCUCAGCUGUAAGAUGGAGGAGGUGAUGUGUUUUAAACAGUGAAACUGGGUUUCCUGUACAAAUAUUGAUUUUUCCAAUGUGUGCCUAGUGUCUGGAAAAUGCUUCUUCCAGAGCCAACCCUGUAGAUUUUAGUGAUAGAUGGACUUGCUUCAUAAUUUUUCUCUUCCAUCAAAUGCCUUCAACAGAAGAUUGAUAUUCGAUACUAAAUAUAAGUAAAAAGGCCAUUCUAAUUAAUUACCUGGUUUCUAUAAGCAUUCUAACUGGGAGAGGUGCAGUCAUUAUUUCCCUUUAGGAUUCUCUACAGGUGCAAAGUUACUUUGCCAAAAUUCUGUAUGCUAGAUUUUCCACUAGGGUAUAGCUUGGUGUUCAAAUGUACAAUUAUAAUAGACAUCUCUGUUGGAGGAACAAAGAAGCAAGUUUUGAUGACAGCUUGCAUUACACUGUAUAACAGCAGAGUGCAGAUAUAGCUUGUGUUAUUAAAUUGUACUGUGUUGCUUUAACCUUUUCACCAAUACAGUCUUGGCAACCAUAAUUGACUAUGGAAUAUUUUUUUUCCUGUUGAUUUUAUUCUGCCUUGAUAUAUAUUUGUUCCAAUGAGGUAAAAAGCCUUUAUCUAGAAAUCUCCUGGAGGAUGGAUGUAUCGAUGUGGUGAAACAGUCUGUCUAUAACCAUUUCCUUGCUAUGUUGGCAACAAUCUAUUUGAAUUUAUUUUCAAAUAUAUAACUACAAAAAAAUGUUAAAUUUGCAUUUAAACCACAUUUUAUUGUUUUUGUAUCCAUUGACACCACCCAGUGUCACUAAUAGAAUUGUCAAUAAGUUAAAUGUCUGUAUUUAGGUGAAGUGCUAAGUGUGUGUAUAGUGAUUUAUUAACAGUAUUGUAUUGUAGCAGGUGUUUAUAAUUUUUGUCAUAAUCAAACUGAUGUAAAUCUCAGAUUUCCUUCUCCCUCUCUCACUCCAUCUUCCCUUUCUGUAUUGUUUGGAGUCCAGUAUUUUGUAUCAUGUUAUAACAUUUGUGUUUGUGUAAAUAAAAUAAUUUGUU